AUGAACAUUUCUUAUUUUCAUUAUUAAAUUUUUUAAAAAAAAAGUGGCGUAGAGGUGGCCAUGUCAAGUAGGUUGGAGGAGCUUGGUGGAGCUUGGAGGACAAGAUAUUCGCAAAUCUAGAACGUUCGAUCCAGCCCUUCCAUUUCUCUUAAACCCUAAACCCUAAACCCUGACCUCAUUUUCAUUUUGCCCUUUUUCGCUUCUAUAAGCAAAAAUCAGCCGAGGAGAGAGAAAAACCCUUUAAACCCACCACCGUAACUUCCACCGUCUUCUUCCUCUUACUUACCAGGUCUACUCUUCUAUCUACCUACCAUGGCCACUGCACUCCGCCGCUGUCUCCGCCCUGAGCAGUUCCGCUCUUUUCCUGCCUUUAAAUCGUUGGCUGGAAAUGCUAGUCCAUCGUUGUCUAGUCCAUUUAUGGCACAAAGAUUGGCAAGCUUGGUGAGGCCUUUCAGUUCAAGACCUGCUGGGAAUGAUGUGAUUGGUAUUGACUUGGGUACCACUAACUCUUGUGUUUCUGUCAUGGAGGGAAAGAGUGCCAAAGUGAUUGAGAAUGCUGAAGGUGCUCGCACUACACCUUCAGUAGUCGCAUUCAACCCAAAGGGUGAGCUUCUUGUGGGUACUCCUGCCAAGCGUCAAGCAGUUACUAAUCCCACCAACACAAUCUUUGGGACUAAACGUUUGAUUGGGAGAGUUUUCAGUGAUCCUCAAACACAGAAAGAAAUGAAGAUGGUCCCGUAUAAGAUUGUGAAAGCUCCUAAUGGAGAUGCCUGGGUUGAAGCUAACGGCCAACAAUAUUCUCCAAGCCAGGUCGGAGCCUUUGUCUUGACCAAGAUGAAAGAAACUGCCGAGGCUUAUCUUGGGAAAACAGUUUCGAAGGCUGUGGUUACUGUUCCAGCUUACUUCAAUGAUGCUCAGAGACAAGCAACUAAAGAUGCUGGAAAGAUUGCAGGACUUGAUGUGCAGAGAAUUAUAAAUGAACCUACUGCUGCUGCUCUUUCCUAUGGGAUGACCAACAAGGAGGGUCUUAUUGCAGUUUUUGAUCUUGGUGGUGGAACCUUUGAUGUCUCUAUCCUUGAGAUAUCCAAUGGUGUUUUUGAGGUUAAAGCAACAAAUGGUGACACAUUUUUGGGAGGAGAAGACUUUGACAACACUUUAUUGGAGUUCUUGGUGUCUGAAUUUAAGAAAACUGAAGGCAUUGAUUUGAGUAGUGAUCGUCUUGCCUUGCAAAGGCUUCGUGAAGCUGCUGAGAAGGCAAAGAUAGAGCUCUCGUCUACAUCUCAGACAGACAUCAGCCUCCCCUUUAUCAGUGCAGAUUCUUCUGGAGCGAAGCACUUGAACAUUACACUCUCAAGAUCGAAGUUUGAAUCACUUGUAGGGAAUUUGAUUGAAAGAACUCGCGCCCCUUGUAAAAAUUGUUUGAAGGAUGCUGGUGUUUCACUUAAUGAAGUUGAUGAGGUUCUUCUUGUGGGUGGUAUGACCCGAGUGCCAAAAGUACAGGAAAUAGUGCAGGAGAUCUUUGGCAAAUCUCCAAGCAAAGGAGUUAACCCCGAUGAAGCUGUUGCUAUGGGUGCUGCCAUCCAGGGUGGUAUACUGCGUGGUGAUGUGAAGGAUUUGCUUCUUUUGGAUGUUACUCCCCUCUCUCUUGGUAUUGAAACACUUGGUGGUGUUUUCACCAGAUUGAUAAACAGGAACACAACCAUCCCCACGAAGAAGAGCCAGGUGUUCUCAACUGCAGCUGACAACCAAACUCAGGUCGGUAUUAAGGUAUUGCAAGGUGAACGUGAAAUGGCAAGUGACAACAAGAUGCUAGGGGAGUUUGAACUCCAGGGUAUUCCACCAGCUCCACGAGGUCUUCCCCAAAUUGAGGUGACCUUUGAUAUUGAUGCCAAUGGCAUUGUGACUGUUUCUGCCAAAGACAAGGCUACCAACAAAGAGCAGAAUAUUACCAUAAAGUCCUCUGGUGGGCUAUCAGAACAUGAGAUCGAGAAGAUGGUGAAGGAAGCAGAAAUACAUGCACAGAAAGAUCAAGAGAGGAAGUCUCUUAUCGAUGCCAGGAACACAGCAGACACAACCAUCUACAGCGUUGAGAAGAGUUUGGGUGAAUACAGGGAGAAGAUUACAAGCGAAAUUGCAAAGGAAAUAGAAGAUGCUGUAUCCGACUUGAGAAGUGCCAUGCAAAACGACAACCUUGAGGAGAUCAAAGCAAAGACUGAUGCUGCAAACAAAGCUGUGUCAAAGAUCGGGGAACAUAUGUCUGGCGGUCAAGGUGGUAGUUCAGGUGGUACUGGUACUGGUGACCAGACCCCUGAAGCCGAGUAUGAAGAGGCCAAGAAGUAGACUGACAGACUGACAGAGUCUAUGUUUUUAAAGUGCACAUUAUAAACAUUACAUUACAUUACUUCAAUUUUGUUUUGAUCGUUGCAUUAGUGUAGUGUAUAUUCUGGUGAGGACUAAUAAUUUUUGUUGAGCGACUGAGGGUUAUUGACCCUCCUUACAUGGGAAUUUAAAUUUGUAAGUUUCCUCUUGUUUUUUAUCGGUGGUGUUUUAUUUUAGCUUGAAAAUAAUACGCAAAACAAAUAAUGAAUUUCUUAUUAACAACAUUAA